AUGUCGGUUGAAGAGCGCAGCCUGACUCUCGAGUGGACGCAGACAUCAGCGUCCACGUAUGAGCGUCAGAUUGACGACUUCGAAACAUUUUUUCGCUUCAUUGCAGCCGCUGGUCAGGGCCGACCGGACAAACAAAACUGGUAUACCACGACUGCGGUAAAGGUCGACACUCACAGAAACCACUUUGUCGCAGACGUGCGUGAAGCCUGGAAAGCGCUGAGACAUGACUUCCCGUCCUAUGCGGCUGUCAUAGAAAACGAUCGCUGGGUGUAUCGCCUGGCUGGACAUGGUGAAGAGCUUUCUACCUGGCUGGAAGAGACCUUCCAUGUGCAUUACGUGCAGCGCAGCGCUCGACAGCUGUUCCCCUUUGAAACCAACCCCAGCGAACGUGUGGUACUGCACGUGCUCCCCAACACGCAAGAGCUCGUUCUACAAGCUCCUCAUACACAUGUCGAUGGCAUUGGUAUGGUCACUUUCUUUAACCAUCUGAUGCGCCUCCUCGUUGGUCCCGAAGACCAUCUUGAUCGGCCGUUUGGCACGGAGGGAUCGAACCUGACGCCUCCACUCACCACCAUGGCCAACGUGAAGCCAUACACACCAUCCCAAAAGCAGGCCUGGGAUGCCAAUCUGCAGAAUUUCCUCUCACAGUUCCCAACGGUCCGGGUGCAUAAUGAGAACAGAGGCGCGCGCGCAACAACCGCCAAAAUGCAAUGGCUUACCUUCUCCCGUGAAGAAACCGCCGCCAUUGCCUCCAAGUCCAAAGCACUGGGAUUUUCCGUGACUGCCGCGGCCCAAGCCGCUAUGUCUCACGCUGCUCGGAUUCAUGGGCAAGUCUCCAACACGACGCAUUCGACCUUUGCGAUCUACAGCGCGCGCGAGUACAUCGAUCCGGCGGUCUAUGAUCACUCCACUCUAGUAGGCCCGAAUGUUCUCAGUAUGCCGGGUGUUUUCCCAAUUGCCCCGGGGUUUGUUGAAACCGCACAAAUGGCGAGACAGGUCUUCUUGGAUUAUAAGAAGGAUGAUCUGCUUCGAGCCGCGAGUCCAUUCUGGGCAACGGAUAUUCCUGCCACGCUAUCGGCGCCUUUACCACCGGAGUGGCCCGUGGCUGCCGAUCUCCAGCUAUCUAGUGUUGGUAUCGUGGAUAAUUAUAUAGAUUCAGUCUAUCAAUCACAGGAGCCGGGUGCGCGCUCCACCCUAGAAGUUCAGGAUUUGUGGAUCUCGUUGGAUAUGCUCUAUCCCAACGUUGCGGUGGAGAUGUGGACAUUUAGGGGUCAGUUGGUGAUUGAGCUGAUCUAUAACGAGUCGUAUCACCGGGAGGAGAGUGUUCGAUUGCUACUUGGACUCAUUCACGAACAGUUGUCCCAGGGGUUGGGGCUGAACUUGGGCUUCGAUGCCCGAUCGCCAGGUGACGAAAGCUUCAUGUGUCCUGGGGGCAUGGAGAUCCUGACCGUUCCUCGUGAAGGACUUGAAGAAGCUACAGGAGUUCCGGUGGAUGUUGUGUGA